AGUAAUCAUGAAGAAUCAUUCUUUUUCCGUUUAUAAUGUGUGGUACACCUUCUAAUUAGCUAUUGCUAAACUGUAGUGAAGUACAGGGCGCCUCCUGCUAAAAAUUAUUUCAGUUGUUAACUAAUAUUGCUUCUAUGCCUAUGCUAUGGGACAUUUUAUAUUUAAAUCGUAUUUUUAAUACUUUAAUAAAAAAUGUGCUUUUAUGUGGUUUCCUUACAAAAAUUGUUAAACACAUUAGUUUUUAAAAUAUUUCAUUUUGCGGAUCCAAGACCACCAAGCUACCCACUGUGCACUCAGGUUUCGGUUUUGAAUUUCGAAGAUACGGUUUUUGCUUGUUGGAAACGCUAGUUUCGAAAAAUAUCCGCUUGCGCAUGCGCCACGAUUGAAAGAAUUUAUUGUUUACCACAAGCUAAAACGUCGGCCUUCGCCAUAGAAAUAUUGUUGAACUUGUUAAAGCGAGGCGUGGAGCGUUCUCAGUAUGGCUAGUGAGAAAAUUCGACAACGUGCCGAAACUGCUUUGGAAUACGCGAAAGAUUUUCUGCUAGACGACGAAUCUGAGGCUGAAGACGACACUGUUGAAGAUGACGAAGAAAUUGAGAGUGAAAAUGGAAACGAAGAGGAUGAUCACGAUGAAAACGACGGAAAGGAAAAUGACGAUGAAAAGGCCAAAGAAACAAAAUCCGAUAAGGACCCCAAAAGCAAGAAAUCAUCCAAAGGUAUAACCAAAAAGGUGCAGAAAUUGAUGGGCGUUGUAAUGGAUCCCUUUGGUUCAAAGAUUAACUGGAAUUUUGACUUCAAUCUAGGCGUUAAAGCGUCAAACCGGAAAGAAAAGCGAGAGGGAAAAAUGGACCCAAAUACCGGUACAGCCGGUUCGACAUCACGCAAAACAGCUGAUAAGGAGUGUGAUAACGAAUCUUUAUCGUCCGAUGCGAAGAGGAUUAAAAUUCUGGAAAAGGAUAACAAAUUGCUACAAAAGUAUGCCAGCAAAUUUCUUGACGGAUGUAUACGAUUGGAACAAAAAGUUUCGGAACUUUCCAAGCUGGAGGGACAACUGGCAGCAUCGCAGGCCGAUAAUGAUCGACUGAAAUCAGAAUUGGAUGAUUUACAAGAACUCAAACAAGGUUUGAUUCACAAUUUGGACACGCAAAACGAGAAGCAUCGAAAUGAAGUAAAACGGCUUGAUUUGGAGCUUAACACUGCUACAGAAUCGUUGGCAAAGAUGAAAUUAACAAACCAAAAACAAUUGGAAGAAUCGUGCCGAUUGAGGGCUGAUUUGGAAUCCCUUGCUAAGGAAAAAGAAGGACUGAUAAAAAAGUCAGAGCAGCGGGAAAUAUCGUAUUCUUCGGAAUUGGACAAACUCAUGGAAAGCUUGCAACAAACAAAGUUAGAAAACACCGAACUCACUGAACGCGUUCAUAAGCUUACCGAUAACUUACAAAUAACAGCAGAGCAGAUGAAGGAAUCGAAGACAAAGAAUAUGCAACUUGAGCAAAAACUAAGAGAAACACAGAGUGAAAAGCAUAAAAUUAACGCACAAUUAGAUGCUGGCAAUGCAAAAAUAACUGAACUGCGACGCGCAAUACAAAUCCUGGAAUCAAAUCCUUUCACAACGACUACGGCCCAACUGCAGAGCGAAGGAACAUUCACUUGUCCUUUGUGUGGAGCGUCGUUUGGUAGCUUGGCUAAUAUGCAACUCCAUGCAGAGGAUUGCAAUGGAUGAAUUAGAAAAAAAAGUGCGAUGCAAACUCUAUCUAGUUUUGUGUUAUUCUGAACAUUCAAUAUGUGUGUAAGUUUGUGUUGGAAAUGUGAAAAUAAAUCUUCUUUCUUUAUUCUAA